ACGCGACGUUUCAAACAAACAACUAUUUUAGUUGAUUGGGGGUUAUUGUGGUCAGGAUUUUGACGCGUUUGUAGUGAUGAUUAUCAUACAUUUCCCUCCUGCCUUCUUCCUUUGACGACGUCGCUUGGGGUGGAGCCCAUCGAUGUAUAAAUAGUAGGCGAGUAGGUGGGGAAGCGCAUUGGAGGUACACGAGAAAGUAAAGUUGUGUUCACCGCAAGAACUGCGAGACAGUAAACUUUCACCUGUGAUAGUCAGGACUGCUAGCAAGACCAUGACUAAAGAGACAACUGAAGGCGCCUCAGCAGCUCCGACAGGACCAGCUGCACCAGCAAGGGAUGGCAAGUGCGGCAUGGGAGAUCGCCACAUUCACAGGGACGACGUGUGGAGGAUAUGGAGGGAGUGUAAAUCAGAGAGUUUCUGGUACAGAGCCCUCCCUCUGUCGGUGGCUGGUAUGGGCGCCACAGGAGCCCUCAUCUACAACGGUACAUUGAGUGCCUCCAAACGAUUUGGAUAUUUCCCCAAACUUGCAUUGGCAGGGAUCCUUGGUUUUGCUGUGGGGAAGGCGUCAUAUGCCAGUACGUGCCGGGAGAAGUUUAGCAAACUUGGACCAGGAUUUGGCCAUGGAUUUGGCCCAAGAUUUGAAGGAGGACCAGGUUUUGGACCAUGGGGGCGGAGGCCAGACUCUGGACCUGGCCAUAGACACUGCCAUCAUGUGUGUGAAGAGUGCAAAAGGCAAGAGCCACCGACGGCAACAGCAACACCAGUACAAGCAUAGCAAACACCGCGCUAGUAACGUCCAUGUAUUUUGCAGUGCGGAGUACACGUCCAUGUUUUCUACAAGAAUUUGAUUGUAAAUGUAAUAAAUUUAUCUUGAUGCUA